AUGGAUGACAAUGAAAACGAAAGUGAUGUUAUCCGGCAGGUCGGAGUCUUUGAUGCUCACUGUCAUCCCACUGAUAUUAUGGCUUCUGUUAAAGACAUUGCCACCAUGCAAGCAAGAGGUCUUACCAUCAUGUCCACGAGAUCACAGGAUCAGGACAUGGUCGAAAAUGUUGCAAGAAUGUACCCCAUUGACUCGAAGCAAGAUUUCUCCGAGGAAACUUCUGCAAAAGUGAUUCCAGCCUUUGGAUGGCACCCAUGGUUCUCUCACCAAAUGUACGAUGACCGAGAGACCAAUAUCCAACCCGACCCCGUUGAACAUUACCGAUCUGUCCUCAUUCCGACGCCUGAUGAUCCCGAGUUUCUAAAGACUCUUCCGGAUCCCCGAUCACUUUCUCGAUUCUUGGAAGACACCGAAUCAAAACUCAGGGAAUUUCCAUUCGCCCUCGUCGGAGAGGUAGGACUUGACCGUUCAUUCCGACUCCCCCAGGGCCCAAGCACCGCCACCAAGGAUAUGGCAGACAAGACUGGGGGACCCGAUGAAGAAUAUACCCCUGGAUCCCGCGAGGGUAAACCAUUGACACCAUAUCGAGUAAACAUGAACCACCAAAAGUUAAUUCUCAGAGCUCAACUUGACCUGGCAGCAAGGCUCGGGCGACCAGUCUCAGUCCACAGUGUACAAACACACGGCGUGAUCUUUGAGCUGAUGCAAAAUAUGUGGAAGGGUCAUGAAAGGCCAUCUAAACGAGGACGAAAGAGGAGAUUGAAUACUCCCAAGGCUCAUGCGGCUGGAGACGAACCAAUAAUUGAUCAAGCAGAGUGUCAAAAACCGCUUCCAUUCCCACCACGAGUAUGUAUGCAUUCAUAUUCCGGUCCUUCAGAAGCUCUACAACAAUUUCUCAACGUCAAUAUUCCGGUCGACAUCUAUUUCUCGUUCUCAACAGCCAUCAAUUUCUCAAAUUCGCCCCCUUCCAAGGUCAUCAGUGCAAUUAAAGGAGUUCCAGAUGAUAGAAUCCUGAUUGAAAGCGACCUUCAUUGUGCGGGGGAGAUGAUGGAUGACCUUCUAAAGGAUAUUGUUCUCAGAGUCUGCGAAAUCAAGCAAUGGCCCUUGCGUGAAGGUGCUCAACGCUUGAAACAAAACUGGAUGAAGUUUGUCUUCGGCUAG